ACACAAACAUUACACACCAAAUCACUUCACUAUCUCGACAUUGAAGUUCAUUAAUCUCCGAAGCCUAAAUCUGUUACUUGUUAUACCAACAGACCAACCAUAAUGGCUGUUGUUGUUUCCUCUAGGUCUUUUGUUUGUUGUGUCCUUUUCCUUUUCAUUGUCAUAUCUGAAGCCAGCGCUCAGUAUAACUAUGUAUCCUGCGAUAACAACGGAGGUAACUACACAGCCGAUAGCACUUACCAAACCAACCUCAACACCCUUCUAUCCAAUCUCACUUCCAACACACAAAUCGACUAUGGUUUCUACAAUUUCUCUUACGGCGAAAACAGUGACACGGUAAACGCCAUUGGGCUGUGCAGAGGAGACGUUGAGCCAGACGAGUGCCGCAGCUGCCUGAGCGAUGCCAGAGACAAUCUCACACAGCUUUGUCCGAACCAGAAAGAGGCUAUUUUGUACCAUGACAGGUGCAUGUUGCGCUACUCAAACCGCUCAAUAUUUGGCUUAAUGGAAACUCAACCUUCGUACUACAUGCUGAACGUAAACAAUGCAACGGAAGUGUACCAGUUCAAUCAAGUUCUCAACAACUUGUUGAGGAUUCUAACAGGCAUGGCUGCAUCAGGUGACUCUCGUCGGAAGUAUGCAGCGGCAAACGCUAAUGACACAACUACCAAUUUCCAAGCCGUAUAUGGUCUUGUGCAGUGCACCCCUGAUUUGACUCAGACACAGUGCAAUGAUUGCCUGGAUCAGGCUAUCUCACAAAUCCCAACUUGCUGCAACGACAAGAUAGGUGGAAGAGUUGUUGAACCCAGUUGUAAUAUUAGAUAUGAAGACUACCGCUUCUACGAACAGACAACGAUAAUAGACCCAGAGACACCACCACCCACAGUUAACACUUCCACGGGAGGUACUUAUCAUUAUAUUUUAGUUAGGGUUUUUGUUUUUGCAGAAAGUAGCAACACAACAACAAUUGUCAUUGCCGUAGUUGUGCCUACUGUUGUUGUUUUUCUCAUCUGUUGUCUCUUCAUGUGUUUAAGGAGGAGGAAGGCAAGGAAAAAUCUUGAAGAAGAAGAACAUGAAGAAGAGGAUGAAAUUAAAAUUGCCGAGUCAUUGCAAUUCAACUUUGACACAAUACGAGUUGCUACACAAGACUUCUCUGAUUCUAAUAAACUUGGACAAGGUGGUUUUGGAGCUGUUUACUUGGGUGAGCUCUCCAAUGGACAGAUAAUUGCAGUGAAAAGGUUGUCAAGAGAUUCUGGGCAAGGAGAUACCGAAUUUAAGAAUGAAGUGGUUUUAGUGGUGAAGCUUCAGCACCGGAAUUUAGUUAGGUUACUUGGUUUCUGCUUGGAAGGAAGAGAAAGACUACUUGUCUAUGAAUUUGUUCCCAAUAAAAGCCUUGAUUAUUUCAUAUUUGAUCCAGCCAAGAAAGCACAGUUGGAUUGGGAAAAGCGCUACAGAAUCAUUAGAGGUAUUGCUCGAGGUCUUCUUUACCUUCACGAAGAUUCUCAACUACGAAUUAUCCAUCGAGAUCUCAAAGCAAGCAACAUUCUCUUAGAUGAAGAGAUGAAUCCUAAGAUAGCAGAUUUUGGCAUGGCAAGACUGGUUUUAUUGGAUCAAACUCAAGCAAACACAAGUAGAAUUGUUGGAACCUAUGGAUAUAUGGCACCAGAGUAUGCAAUGCAUGGACAGUUUUCAGUGAAAUCAGACGUCUUCAGUUUUGGUGUACUGAUUCUUGAGAUUGUAAGCGGCCAGAAAAACAGUGGAAUUAAUAAUGGGGAGAAUAUGGAGGAUCUACUAAGCUUCGCUUGGAGAAGCUGGAAGGAGGGGAAGGCUAUAAAUAUUGUAGAUCCAUCACUCAACAGCAAUUCAAGGAAUGAAAUGCUGAGAUGCAUCCAUAUUGGUUUACUCUGUGUUCAAGAAAAUUUAGUUGACAGACCAACCAUGGCUAACAUUAUACUGAUGCUUAAUAGCCAUUCUCUGAGUCUCCCUAUUCCUGCAGAACCUGCAUUUUUUAUGAACAGUAGAACUCGAAGCCUUCCAGAGAUGCAGUCAUGGGAGUAUAAUUCAAGGGAAACGGGAUCAAGUGAAGCGAUACUUAAAUCAGCUCAAGAAUCAGAAAAUGAAGCUUCAAUUACUGAGCCAUACCCUCGCUAGAUGUUCAUCAAAGUGGAUUCAUUCAUCAUCCUUGUUUCUUUGCUUAAACCAAAACAGAAUGUCUUGUAGUGUGCAAAAUCUGAGUUAAAUACAUCUCGCAUCCUUGCCAAAACUGAGACUGAAAAUAUCCAAAACCUUCUAACCAAUUCCACAU